CGUUUUACUCACGUUUUAGCAUCUUAAUGCGAUAUUCAUGAGACUCGUCCUCGACAUGGAUAAUCAUCACUUAAAACUUGCUAAAGAAUUCCACGAAACACUGAAGGUUGACGCAGAGAAUCGUAUAGUUCAAAAAUUUCCUGAGCGAAUAAUACAUUUAAAUGAGUUACUCAAAAUGCCUGAAUUUCGUAUUGCUGCAACUGACAUAAAAUGUAAAUUAGAAAUCCCCACAAUUACUAAAGUAGAAAAUAAUGUAAACAAUUGCGAGGGAAAAACUCAGGGAAAAAGGCCACGUUUAGAUUCAAAUUCACAUGAUACAAUUCCAGGACAACUACUCAUACCAGCCAAUAAAAAAAUUGUUGAAGUCAUUAAAAUUCUUAAACCCAAUAUCAAACAAUUAGCUGAAGACACCAAUGCGUUAAAAAUGUGGGUAUCAUUAUUAAUACCUAAAAUUGAAGAUGGCAACAAUUUUGGAGUAUCUGUGCAAGAAGAUACUCUUGCUGAGAUACAGCAAGUUGAGGUAGAAGCUACCAAUUAUCUUGAACAAAUGUCCCGCUAUUAUGCAUCUCGUGGAAAACUUAUUUCCAAGGUUUGCAAGUACCCAUAUAUUGAAGACUACCGGUGUGCUGUUGAAGAGUUGGAUGAGAGACAAUACUUAUCUAUGUCCCUUACCAUGCACGAAAUCCGUAAUCGCUACUCAACAUUGCAUGAUAUAGUCAUCAAGAACUUUGACAAAAUAAAAAAGCCUCGUUCAUCAAACACUGACAGUCUAUAUUAAGUGUAGUAGAACCAUACUCAAAACUUUAAAAAUUUAAAUUUAUACCCUUAUCAUUCCUUUAAAAAAAUGUUCAGAUUUGUGUCAAAAAUAUAAGCAACAUUUUUAGAGUUAAGAAUAAAGUCUUAUACGAGAUGUUAUCUUCAGUUUAACAUUAAAGAUGUGCAGGGUAAUAAGAGUAUAUCUUUAAUGUUUGUAAUUUACAUUCAUCCUAUCCUAUUAAAUUCUAGAUUAACGAGAACCUGACAAUAUAAUAUGACAUAGAUGAUAAUAAUAAUAUUGUAAUGAUACUUUUUUCUACGCUUCCCUGUUACUACUGUAUUGUAUUAAGGUUUUUAAAAUAUUUAAGUUUGUCUACAAUUUAUUGGUGUAAACAAUUUUUACCAGUUUUCUUACAUUUGUAUACUAUUUUUUUUAAAGUUUUAUAUUAGUAGAGAUAGUUGAGAUGCUUUAUUUUCUGAUUAAAAUCAAACAAAGAUUAGCUUAAAAUAAAAUAUCGUAAAUGAUUAUAAAAAAAAGGUUCCUAUAGAAUUAAUGUAUUUAAUGUUUUUAUUUUGCCAAAAUAUCUAAACCAUUACCACAUAUAUUUCUGUUAACAAUAACUGAUAAAAUCUUAAUGUUAGUUUAUCUUGUGGGUUAACACUAAUUUUUUUUUUAUAAAAUAAAAUUGAAGGUACCAU